AAGACGUGAAGUGACUGGAGUAUAGACGGCGCGGAUAAAUAGUUUCAGACACAACGGACCAAGUUCUCUGUCGUCGUUUUAAAUAAGAAUUACAACAUUUCCCUUUUAUCUCAUUUUUAUCGCUACAACUGACGAUGGAUGGCGUUUGUAAAUCUCCCCAGAGGCUGCUGUUUAUUCUCGUGUUGUGUGUUGGACUUGUGCAGAGUUAUAAGAAUGGACUUGUAAGCGAGGUUUGUGACUCUAUGAUGCCUAAUCACGGCGCUAACGCUCAGACCAGCUCUCCUCCGUUCACAGUCACUGCUGACAAAACCACAUUUAAAGAAGGAGAUCAAAUCAAAGUAACGCUAAAUAGCCAAACGGGAUAUUACUUUGAAGGCUUUAUGUUGCAAGCACGCCCAGUUGGAUCGAGCAGUACCAUUGGCACUUUUUCUGUGACGGGGAAUAAUGUGCAGGUCCUCAGUUGUAAUGGAAUGCCUGGUAGAGCAGUCUCUCACACAUCAAAUGCUAAAACAACUUCAGUUCAGGUUACAUGGACAGCACCUACAUCUGGACAGCUCGGAAAUAUAGAGUUCAGUGUAACAUUUGUGAAGUCUACUCUUACCUUUUGGGUUCAAGUCAAGAGCUCUGCCAUUGUAUAUAAUGGCACAAUAACUACUACUAAUACUACUACUGUCGCCCCAACCGUUGCUUCAAUUCCUGGUUGUGGGAGCACAAAAGUCUGCUUCAGUGAGCCCAACAACUGUAACCCAACCACCAGCAACGGCUGUUACUUUGUGGCCGUGCAGACUUCAUCUGACCAGUCAGAAAUGAAGAUUGAAAUGUUUGGCCAGGCUGAUGGAUAUGUUGCCAUUGGUUUUUCAGAUGACAAGGAAAUGGGCAAUGACGAUGUUUACAUAUGUGGGAAGGACAACAAUGGCAACCUUCAAGUGCAACAUGCAUUUAAUUCAGGAAAAUCAUCUCCGGCUAUUCUUUCACUGGGCAAUGUAUCCAACAUCAUGACAGCACUUACGAAUGGAAAAAUUAAUUGUUCAUUUACUUCUCGUAACACCAUCAGCACUGCAAGUAGAGCAGCAUCUAAUAAUGAAUAUCACCUGAUGAUCGCUGCUGGAUCUUCAAAUGAAGGCAAAAUCCAGUUUCACACCAAUAAAUAUGUCAGCAGCACCAAGGCUAAUUUACUAAAUCCAAGUGUUGUCAUCACAAGUGAGGAAGAGUUUCCACCCAUUGUUAAAGCCCAUGGUUGCCUAAUGUUAAUCUCCUGGAUGGCGACGGGCAGCAUUGGGAUGAUCAUUGCACGUUAUUUAAAGGGAGUCGCCAAGGGCCAAGGCUGUUGCGGUAAAGAUUUCUGGUUUGUGGCUCACGUGUCUCUGAUGACCCUGUCAGUUAUUGCCACGGCCAUCGCAUUCAUCAUAGUGUUCGUUAGUGCUGGAGACUGGGUUGGGGGGGCUCAUCCUGUCCUGGGCUGUUUGGUGAUGAUCCUCAGUCUCAUUCAGCCCAUCGUCGCUGCUUUCCGAUGUGAGCCGCAACAUGAACGGAGGUUUGUUUUCAACUGGGCUCACUCCUGCAAUGCUUUCGCCAUCAAAUGCCUGGCAGUUGCUGCGAUUUUCACCGGUCUGGCUCUGUUUGAAGAAUAUGAUUCAGAUGGGUGGAUGUUGAAGGUUAUGGGAGGUUAUUUGGCCUGGGAGGCUCUGAUGUACAUUCUGCAAGAUCUGAACCUGCGUGCCAAGAAAAAAGAUUCUCAGCUUUGCAGUUGCGAACCGAUGAGUUCUGAAACAAUCCUGCUUUUCGUGUUCAUAAUCGGAAAUCUGGCCUUCUUGAUAGCACUUCUUGUUGGAAUUGGCUCAGCUUGAGUAGAUCCAUCCUGAUACUGAUUCUGGAGCUAGUUGUGGCUCUUUUGUUAUAUAAGAUGUAUGUUUUAUAUAUUUUUAUUUAAUCAAAGAUAAUUCAGUUUCUUACUUCUCGGUGGACCUCUGCAUAUUUUGUUUUUGUUACUUUUUCAGUUAAUAUGGCGUUCUCCUCCUGGGUUACCAACUAAAUAUUGAACAACGAGCCUAUGAGUAAUGAAUAUAAUGUAAUUACUGUACUGUUCAUUAUGAAGGAAUUAUUAGGAAGUAUUAUCUCUCAACUUUAAUUAAAAAAAAUCAUAUUUUUAUUUUACUUUUACAAUUUCAUUUAAGCUCAAAAUGAAUAAAUGUUGAUUCAAACAUUUAUGAAAAAUGUAUAACUUUUAUAAAGAUUUCUAUAUGAUUUUGUAUGUGUAUAUAUAGAUCUUAUAUUUCGAAUGUCUUGUCAACAGCCACUAGGUGGCAGUGUAAUAACAGGUAUUUUUAAGCAGCUAUUGUACAUUUUCAAAGCAUGAAUAAGAACUCUAUAACUAAAAUAUAUGGACGGUUUUUUUUUUUUUGUUAUUUGAAUUAAUAACUAUUGAAUUGGACAUGCUUAGACAUAUGAAUGGAUGGUGAUCAAAUUUUUUUACAGGAAGUUUCAACAGCCAUUGUCCUGUGUUUUAAGCCAACAUGUUACUGUGUUCAUCAAUUUACUUCUGUAAGGUUAACCUGAAAACAGAAAAGCAAUGUACUAAAAAUGAAAA